CGUCUGUUUUACGCACGGCGCCUAGCCAACCCGGCGCCGCCGGUUUGCACCUUCACCUCCUCCGUCACCGUCCCCGCGCACACAUCCAGCCAUGGGCUCCUUGGCGAACGCUUUCUACAACACCAUCGUCAAGCGCAACAGCGUAUUCGUGACGAGCAUCUUCGCUGGGGCGUUCGCUUUCGGUGUUGGCUUUGACACCGGCGUCACGUCGUUCUGGGAUACCUGGAACAAGGGGUACCAGUGGAAGGACAUCCGUGACCGCUACGCCCAGGAUGCAGACUCAUAGACGUUAGAUGUCGGAGCAUGUGUUCAUUGCUAUCGCAGAGCCAAGUAUAAUGAUCGCCUAAAACUUUCAUCUGCCCUGUCGGUGACUGGCCUCCAACUUGCUUUCGCUAUCAACUCCAGGAGAGUAAGUAUGGCGUGUCUUGACCCUGUGCGUAACAUAAAUGCGCACCCUAUGGCUUGCAUGUGCAGCCGUCAACGAGCGGCGGGCAAAGUGUACUGUAGCUCUGCUGCUGCUAACCACCUCUCCUU